GUUGAAAGCUGAAAGGAAAGGAACCUGGAAGUAUUGUUCCAACUACCAAAAGUUAUUUUUCUACUUGUUUUUUUUUUAUUGUCUCGACAUUCCUAAAUUAUGAUGAGGAAAUUGAUAGAUGUAACGAAUACCUAAGAAGAGUUUCUUAACAUUUAAAAGUAAUUUUAAUUGAAUACUAGUUUAAAUGUUGAUUAAACAUAGAGAAUAGAAACGAUUGGUAUAAUGUUGACAUCCAUUUGGCACGAAGAGGUAGUUGCAAAUCGCUGAAGAAAUGCUCAUUCGAUCGAUCUUUUGAAUAUAGCUUUUUGAAAAUCGCCAUCUAUCUUUCUCGAUAAAUGACAAAUAUUGUCUAUCGAGCGUAAGACAACGUUAAUUACGAAGAUCAAUUUGUUUUUUCGCGCACGAGCUUCGUGUAUGUACACCGUAAAUUACGAAAAAGAGUGUCAAGUCGGUGUAGGAAUGUGGCACUUCAAAAUGGCUGCCAGUUACUUUAGUAAUUUACGGCUGUAUCUUUCUUUGUUGUUGCUGAUGUAAUUACGAUUGUGUAUCGGAGUAUCGCAGAAUUGAUUUGAAGGAAAAAUAGUGGAUCGAAAGUUUUACGUACACGUUACCCUCGUCACAUGGGUUCUGGGUAAACGUGAUAAUAGAAUAUGCUCUCAAGUCGUUCUCUCCUGAUUGCUACUUCGAUCGAACUUAUUUCAAGACAUUUAUCAGCCAAUGCCUCCUCGUCUACGAAGAAAGUGUGUUAUUGUAGCUUAUUCAUCAUAUAAAGGACUUUCUGGAUCGAUCCUUUGCAUAUCUAACGAAUAGGUUAGAUUUCUGAUCGAUCUGAACAUCAUGUCCAUCAAAGAUACGGAAUUUGUGAGAUUAUAUACGAAUCUUUUUUAUUCUAUACUACGAGCUUCCGAAUAAUACAUAUAUAUAUAUACACACAUAUAUGUAUGUAUGUAUGUCUGUAUAUAUAUAUAUAUAUAUAUGUAUAUAUAUAUAUAUACACAUAUAUGUAUGUACACGCAUAUAUGUAUGUAUAUAUACGAAAUUAUGGAUGAACGAACAAAACAAAUUUAUGCUACAACCAAGACUUCUAGCAUAACGAAUAUCAUAUCUUGGUGUCCAUCGGCUCACUAAUAUCGACAUAGAUUUCUUACUGCAUGUAGUUAAGAAUAUUUGGAACGGAAGUAGUAUUAGAAUUAGCAAUGCCUGCUGUCACUCGUAUACCAGAUCAACGUGUUUGUUGUGCGUGGCAUAUUACACUACUGCUGCAAUGACACUACGAAAAGUCUACGCUAAAGCUUGUUAGCAUCAAGCUAGAUCCCUGGAUUAAAGCUAGGUCUCAGAGGACCUAGCAUGGGCCACUAUGAAUCCACCCGCGGUUAGUAAAUCGAGCACUCGUGGCUCUGGAUACCAUCAAAAGGCCCUAGCUGAAAUUCGCAAUUCUCUGCUGCCUUUUGCAAAUAUCGGAGGAGCAGGUGAAGUGGGUUCCAGUGCUGCCAGUACUAUAUCUACUUUAUCCACAACCAGUGGGAUAAGUUCUGCCUCUGGACUCAGUGGUCUCUCGGGUGCUUCUGGUUCAACUAUCGAUAAAUCUGAUCAACGACAAUUAUUGGCACAGUUAUUAGCCAUGGGAUAUUCGGAGGAAAUUGCACUGCGGGCCCUGAAGUUGGCUGGUUGGCGUCUGGAUGCCGCUAUAGAGUUUUUAAAACAAGCCCAAGGCGAAUCUCUGAACGGUCUUGGUAAACUUAAUACCAAGCUCAUAAGGAAACCUAGUUUAGAGCGAGAGUUGAGUUUACAACGCGGUAGUCCUGCGCUGGAUAGCGGAGCAGGAAGUUCGCGAUCCGAUAGUCCCCGUUUGACGGAGCUCAGUCCUCAUCCACAGCUGAGUCGACAAUAUUCUCCGAGCAAUUUCGUAGAACGAGAACCACCACCUCCUCCGCCACCUCGAUGCAGCUCCACGCCACCUCCACCGCCGCCACCUCACGCUCCGUAUAACCAACCGAACGUACCUACCAACAUGCAGCAAAUGCUUAAGCGCAUGUCUCCUGCUCCAGUCGUUCCUACACGACCGCCACCCACAGCACCUGGCAAUACAGGACCUAUAUCAACGUCUGUCAACUUGCCGCAACGGGGUACAAGUCCUGUGGCGAGUUCGAAUAACAAUUCAAACAGCCGUCAGCCUAUGAUCGUUCAAAACGGGCCUCAAGUUCAGCAACAGCUCUCACAGCAAAUGCAGGCCCUCAGCAUAUACCAAACGAGCAACAACACUUCUAAUACUCAAGUUGAACCGCCACCCCCGUACCCCAUAGUCUCGUCUUCGUCGGCAGGUCCGGUGCAACCACCAUCGUAUAGCGUUUCUAUACAAAGCAGGCAGAGUCCUACGCAGUCUCAGCAAGAUUAUCGAAAAAGUCCUUCCUCUGGUAUAUAUUCUGGGCCUACAUCGGCUGGCUCACCGAGCCCCAUCACAGUUUCUGCCAUAUCACCGAGCACUCAAGCAUCCAUGGCCAGACCAACCCCUCUGCAAGCUUGGGGCGCGCGACAGGCGAAAACCCAGCCACCGAUAAUCAUGCAAUCCGUCAAGAGCACACAAGUUCAGAAACCCGUCUUGCAGACUGCUAUCGCACCGACUUCUCCUCAGCCCAUCUCGACCACCAGCAAUACGCCUCCACCUCCACCUUCUUAUGCGUCCUCUAUUCAACAAAAGCAACAGCAACCGCAGCAGCAACAGCCGCAACAGUCGCAACAGCAACAGCAACAACAAUCCUCGCAGCAACAACCACCGCCUGCGUAUCCACCGGUGAACAACGUUGGUAGCACGUCCACGAAUAACAUAAACGUAGGUGUCUCGGUAGGGGUACCUACCACAGAGCCGCCAAGUUACGCGACUACGAUGCAAGCGUUAGCUGCGCAACGUGGUUUGCAUCAUCCACUUCCUCCUCCACCGUAUGGGACGCCAACUACCGACGAUUCCAGCGUGAUAUCAACGGUGGAGAACAGCACGAACCUCAGGUCGUCUCCUGUCGCGCUGCACCCUCCGUUGCAAAGAAAAUACUCACCUGCUGAGAAUUGUCAGCAUCCUAUAGAAACACCGCCUCUACCUCCGGUAACAUCGACUUCUGUAACCUCGAGGAAUAAUAAUAAUAAUAAUAAUAACAACAACAGCAGCAGUAACGGUGGAAGCAAUAGUAGCAGUAAUAACAAUAACAAUAAUAACCAUGCACCAGAUAGCAACGGGGCUAAGGGAGGAGGUUCGCCCUCGUCUUACAAGAUCAAGCAUCAGUCACCGAUACCUGAAAGGAAACACAUGAGCAAAGAGAAAGAGGAGGAGCGUAGAGACUGCAAAGUACGUAAUUACUCUCCUCAGGCGUUUAAAUUCUUCAUGGAACAGCAUGUUGAAAAUGUGUUGAAGUCUCACAAGCAACGGCUGUACCGUCGACUUCAGCUGGAAACAGAGAUGGCAAAGAUUGGGCUUAGUGCAGAAGCCCAGUGUCAAAUGAGAAAAAUGUUGUCGCAGAAGGAAUCGAACUACAUCAGACUGAAACGAGCAAAGAUGGAUAAGUCAAUGUUCACGAAAAUAAAGCCUAUCGGAGUGGGCGCGUUUGGUGAGGUAACGUUGGUCAGGAAGCUCGAUACCAAUCAAUUUUACGCCAUGAAGACUCUGAGGAAAGCAGACGUACUGAAUCGUAAUCAGGUAGCUCACGUUAAAGCUGAAAGAGACAUAUUGGCGGAGGCUGAUAACGAAUGGGUAGUGAAGCUCUAUUAUUCAUUUCAAGAUAAAGACAAUCUGUAUUUUGUAAUGGAUUAUAUACCUGGUGGUGAUCUGAUGUCGCUGCUGAUCAAGUUUGGGAUAUUCAAGGAACCAUUGGCGAGAUUUUACAUUGCUGAGCUGACGUGCGCGGUAGAAAGUGUUCACAAGAUGGGUUUCAUUCAUAGAGACAUUAAACCUGAUAACAUCUUGAUAGAUCGAGAUGGGCACAUCAAGUUGACGGACUUUGGAUUGUGCACGGGAUUUCGAUGGACUCACAACUCCAAGUAUUAUCAACAAAAUGGUCACGGGAAGCAAGAUUCCAUGGAUCCCGCUGAUGAUUGGAAUAACGAGUGUCGUUGCAUUCAAUCGAAGCCGCUGGAACGCAGGAGGCACAGAGAACAUCAAAGGUGUUUAGCUCAUUCGUUGGUUGGCACACCAAACUACAUUGCGCCGGAAGUACUGCAACGGACGGGAUAUACUCAGUUGUGCGAUUGGUGGAGCGUCGGUGUAAUUUUGUACGAAAUGUUGGUUGGCUCUCCACCAUUUCUUGCCAAUACACCCGCUGAAACGCAAUACAAGGUGAUUAACUGGGAGACAACUCUACAUAUCCCUAAACAAGCAAACCUCUCCCCUGAAGGUAUGGAUCUGAUAUUAAAACUGUGCGUUGGCGCGGAUCGUCGGUUAGGUAAGAACGCGGACGAGGUGAAAAGUCAUCCGUUUUUCGCAAGUAUCGACUUUGAGAAAGGAUUACGCCGACAAGUAGCUCCACACAUACCUAGGAUACAAUAUCCUACCGAUACGAGUAACUUCGAUCCCGUGGAUCCCGAUAAAUUACGGAAUUCAGAGUCAUCCGAUUCCAAUAAAUCGGACGAGCUAUUAGACAACGGGAAACCGUUUCAUGGUUUCUUCGAGUUCACGUUUAGACGAUUCUUUGACGACGGUGGUGGUCCUGCGUAUCCUAGUCGAAUAAGUUUGGACGAUAACGACAAUCAAGGUCCCGUUUACGUAUGACAGUAGGCUUAUAAGUUUUAUUUGUGUCAAAGAUGAGAUAAUGCAAUGUUUCACGUUCAGUCGGAAAAUGUUUGUAAAUAUUGUUCGAAGAGCUUGUUCUGGAUUAGGAUGAGUAGUUAGAACGAUGCGAACCCGUGUAGAAUUUUGUUGAAUCGUUGUCAGGAAACGUAUACCGUACUAUGUUAUAUGAGCUGAACAGAACGGCGAUCAUCGAAAACAGAAACCCUCGCUUUUGUUCCUUAAUUUCGAUAACACGAUUAGUGCCCAUACGUGUCGCGUACAGUCAUGGAAAUCAUCACAAAGAACACGGAUGGCUAAUGCUAGUUCUUAUUUCACGUGUACUUACUACUUAACCCUUUAACGUCUAUUGUCCGCAGAAUUUUCCAAGACGCGUCUCACGCGUCUUUAUUAUCUAUAAUGCAACUACUUGAACAAAUUUGCUGCUUAAAUGGUUAACGAUUGACACAUUUCAACUCAUACUGUUAGAUUCACCCGUUUUAUGUACCGUAAUCGAUGACAUUGUACAAGAUCGAAUACUCGGUGUAGGAGUUAAAACCCGUUUGAGUUGUUUAACAAAUGUUACGAUACAAUAGACAUUCAGGUGAAUUUUUUAAGAGAAUAAAAACAAUGAUAAAAGCUUGAUAAAAAGUCGAGAAAAGAAUGAACAAUGCUCGUUGACUUACGUUCAAUCGGAAAUUCACGUGAAACAAAGGAGAGUAGUUGAAAUACAUCCGUGUGUUACACCAUUGAACACGUGAAUCCGUACACGUAGAAUAGGGGGCUCUAAAUAUUAUAUGUAUAUCGGUCUACAUACGUGUAUUUCAUUAUUUGUAUCUUUGUGUGUUUUUUCCUCAUUUUUCCUAUACCACCCCCCACCCCGCCGCGACCACUACAUAUUUCAUUAACCAGAGAAUUACCUGUCGGAAUCACCUUCUCAGAGAUCAUAUCUUUCAGAUCAGAACAAUCGAUAACACAAUGACGGGACAAAAUUUAAUCGUGGAAUCCAAAAUUGAUGGGCAUUUAUCGCGUGUUUGUGGUCCACUUUCUAGAAUUUUAUUAUUAGAACGUGACACGAUGUAUAUCAAUUUGAGAACUCGAGAUACGAUAGCUUUUAUAUUUUCGUGAAUCGAGGUAAAGAUAUACGACUUUUUCAAAGAAAAGGGUAUCAAUUCAUUUACUGCGAGGCGUAUGUAAUCUCGAAUACAAUUAUAAAACGUGAUGGUCGAUCGAAAGAUGAGACAGUAAAUGAUCAAUGGCUAGGCAAUGUAUACUCUUUAUUGUAGUGUUUAUCGAGGAAAAGGUAUCGUGGUUGCCAUCCUUAUUGGAAUUGGCUUUCGUGCGUAUCGGAAACACGUGUUUGUAUGUUUCAGCAAGUACUGUGAUAUUGCAAAUAAUUAGAAUAAUGUGGCUUUUAAAUGUAUCGGCCUUAUUUAACGUCUUUUUUUUUUUUUUACAUUGAAUGCUACAACAUGUAAUAAUUAUUACUAAAUAUUAAUUAUUAUUGUAUAGAUUCUUGAAUGGAUGUAAUGUGUUCAUUGCAUAUUUUAUGCAGCUUUCAAUCGUCAAGCCUUUUUUUUCUUUUUUUUUUUUUUGGCACUUCUCUAAUAUUUUUCGUUUCUUUUCUUUUCUUUUUUUUUCUUUUUUUAAAUAUUUUGUAAUUUUAAGAAAUGUUAUCGAUUUAAUGUCAUGCCGUAUACAUAUAUUUUGUGUGUGUCUCUUAUGUCUUCUCGGAUUAAUUAGAUGUAUCCUAAAAUUAAGAAACUCUGGAAAAAGUAUGAGACGAACAGUUCGAAAGUUGAAUUGCACAGACAAAAUCGUUUAUUUAAUGUAAGUAAAAAACACGAGUAAGUAAUGUAACGUCAACCAAGUAACGAACAUUCAAUUUGUCCAUACCAUUUUCACGAAACGAUUCCUAUCAUUCGUAAACGGCUUCUUAACGUAAGACUUCCUAACGAUAGACGUACCGAAAGAACUGUUGAAACUAUCGAUUGCAAUACAUGUUUACAUUAUGGAUAACGAAUCUCCAUAUCUCGUGUCACAAACGCAUGUAAUUUUAUACGAUACGAUACGCCGUAUUAUUUUUAGAAAAAAGAAAUACCUCUGUAAGACACGCUUUGUCUGGGGUAUUAUUUGUUCCCUUGUUUCAAUUAACUGGCUUUUAUUUAAAUUGUUUAGUGUCUUUGUUAAUUUGUAUUAUUCUCAUUGUUGAAUAUGUACGUACGUAUUAUAAGCAAAAUGAAUUGAAACGACUGGGAAACGAGCCAAUUAAUUUGUUUAAACAACACACGAUUAAAACCUGAAAGACUUAAUCGUUGACGUUACUCGUUUGAUAGAAGAGAAAGGGUUGAACACUGCAUUACUGCAUCAAGAAUGUAUGUACCAUGUACAAAUUAAAGAUAAAUCGUUUUAUUCGUACUGUUAACAUGUUGACAACGGAAAGUGAAAUCGUUAAUUUUUAAUAGUUAAUUGUAUAUCUACAGAGAAUUGGCAAGAAUCGAUAGAUAUUAAAAAUAAAACACCUGUUGCGGUGUAACAUUGAAACAGUAACGAUCAGAAUUUAAAAUACAAAUUAUAUUACAGAUUUACGUACAAUUGUAUGUGUUGUUUCGUACUCAAAUUGUUUAAAAACUAGUUUAAAUAAUUACUACUAAUUUGUGUGCUCUUUACGUGCAGUAUAUACCAAAGGAAAAGUAAGUCUUUUAUAUAGAACGAGAAGAUUACUAGAAAAGUAAUCGUCUGAACGUUACUGUAUUAAUAACAGAUGACAAAUGUUUAAAUACGUGUUUCGCAUGAUUUAUUCGUUAUUAUUGCACGUAGAAGAAAAAUGUAUGUAUUGCAAGAGAAAAAGGCAGGAAGGGAAAAAUGUAAGAAUGACUUAGGUUUCCGUUACUGGUUCGCUAUUAUUUAUAAACCGACAUUCUUCCUGAAAAAGGAGAUUCGAUACACGAGAAGGAAACAAAUUUUCCAUGCAGCAAUAGGUUGUCUAUAAAAAUUGUGAAGUUGUCGGUAGUGGAACAGGAAGGAAUGGGGAAUAGUAAUUUUUGUAAUAAUACGCAACGCAUUUAAGUGUCGUAUUCAUGCUCCCCCGCCCCGGUGCGCCCCACAGCCCCCCCCCCUCCCCCGCCCCCAAAGUGCAUCUAUUUGUUUCGAUUGCACAUUCGACAAAUAAUGAAUACCAAAGGGAUUCACUCUUAUUAUCAUAAAAGUAAUCCUUGUAUACUACAGUUGAUAAUCUUACUCUUUGUAUACAUAAUUUUUGCAUGUGUAAUUUUAGUUAAUAGAUGUGCGCAAGACGAUGGCACAAGAACACCGAGUUGAUGCUAAAACGAACUUUCAGCAAGCGUUAGUUGUUCUGUACAACUACAGGAUUAUUCUGCGCGUGUGUAAUUGCUACUCGAUCGUUAAAAAGAUUUACAAGUGCUUCCUUCGGUGGAUUUAAUUUGUAAUAUAUAUUUUAGAACAAUUGAAAAAUCAAACGGUAAUCUGCUUUUACCGCAUACGGACAUACAUACAACGACACCUAUCGAAAAAUGAUUCUUGUCUCUGUUAACACGUUGUGUGCCUUUACAAUAUCUACGUACUAGGGUAUUUGCAGAAAAAUAAAUAAGAAAGAUGAAACUCUUUUUACUAUAAGGCUGAACACUUGGUACAAAAAAGAAACAAACAAUACUAUAUUAUUUACAUUAAAGAAUAUAGGUAGAAGGGAAAGGUUUUCCAAAGUUAGUAUGCAAAAACAAUUAUGCAUCGCAGCAUAACCAUCGGCAGUCAACGUGUUUAACUAAAAAAAUUUGGUAAUUAACGAGUCGAUACCUCUCACUGUGUAUUGAAAAGAUAAAAAUAUUUUUAUACCAUGAAAUAUACAUGUAUAUAAUAAUUUAGCUCUAAAUGUUAUCCAUAUAUGUAUAUAUUUUAACUAUGAUUUAACUAUGCACUAAAUUAAGCUCAUCUCGACUAAUAAAUUGUGUAGCGUUGUUGCCAGCGCAAAGAUCUUAUGUCAUUGAAUUAUCUUACAGAUUAUAUCUAUUGCAAUUACAAUAUUAUAUACAGAUCUGUUAACCCACAUGUCAAAGGAAAGUGAUUUUGAAUUAUAUAAUUGUACAUUUUGUAACAUCCUUUUCUGCUUUGUAAUUAUGUUAUGGAAGUAAGAGGAAAGGCGUACUAGUUUUUUAAGACGGUAUAAUAUAUUAAACUUUGUAUAUAUUUUCGAUAAUUAUUCUAAAUUAAAAUUAUGUUUAAUGCUUA